AUGGAGCUCAGAGAAGCCCGAAACAUCCCACCUCCCCCUAUUCGUCUAAACUCUACUUCUCAACUCGAUUCUGUGCUAGACGAUGAUUCGAGCACCAUAGCGAACAUACAUUGGUCUGAAAAGAUCUUCUCCCUACCACUGCCAUCUCGAACUCCACUCAAACACCAGCAGCCGUCCAAGGCAUGGGGUCCGCUUGUUCCCUGGGAACAAAUCCAGAUGCCUAGCGAUGCAAAAAUUCUAUUUAUGCGAUCCUUCAAUGAGCGCCAAAUAACUUUGGUGGUGUAUGAAAGUGCACGGGACAACUGCCCCUACUUUCUCCUACGAACGUUCCACAUGGGCACACCUUGGUUCUCGCUUCGUGGGGCACAUGAGCUUGUUGUCGAUCGCAACGGAAGUUGUCUUCAAUUCUGGCGAUGGAGCGAGAGCGACCGAUGCACCAAGAGGUGGGCGACCCUUUGCUUCCUGACAUGGGAAGAAAUGGUCUUGGUAUAUUGCUGCUUUCUGUCAUUCAAGACUCGUGACAGCCAAACUCUUCGAAUGGCGGCAAACGAAGACCUCAGUCUUUGGGGUGAACGCAAGUUAUUCCAAGCCCGAAUUGUGGAUGACAAUUUUAUGCAUUCUCUUAUUGUCUAUGAGGACUUUGUCUCCAAGGGUCUCCGUCUUCACGCUGCAGUCUGGGAAGGGGAUCUACGGCAGUGUCCUGUCUGGACAGCAUUCGUCACACAUCAAUCUGCUUCGUCGAGAUGGAUCAAGAGAGUCAGCAAAACCAGAGUCCGCUUAGCCGACAUUCAUCUCUACGUCUUUUGCCAGGAAUACCGUCAGCAGAACCAACGGAUCAACCGUUCUGGAGCCUUUGAAAUUAAGUUUGUCAGUGAAGAGGCGGCCAAACGGUUCAGAGAUAUAUUUGCCCCCUCGUUUACGGACGAGAGCACGACGACCGAUACAACGGCCUGA